AUGGACUCGAAGUUGGAAACCGAAGAAUUGACAGAUGAGGAAAUAUGGACCAGGGUGGAAUGUAAGAAGAAGCUUUAUGAGAUUGAAAGCUACAAGACUCGGGAUUUGAAGCAGAGAUCUAGAUGUAAAUGGGCAAUUGAAGGGGAUGAAAACUCUAAAGAUAAGUUCAAAGACGAUUGGCAAGUUAGGCCCAAGUUGGAUAGCGAUUUGGGCUCUAAACUUACUGAUUCAGAAGCAGCAAGCCUUGUGGGGAGAUUUAGUACCACUGAAAUUAAGGAAGCGAUAUUUUUGUGUGGAGAUGAUAGGGCCCCCGGUCCCAAUGGUUUUAAUUUCAGAUUCAUCAAAAAGUAUUGGGAGAAAUUCGAAGGUUAUUUUCAAAGAAUUUUUAAUAGAUUUUUUGAUUGUGGAGUGAUUAGUAGGGGUUGUGGUUCGUCAUUCAUUACUCUCGUUCCUAAGGUUAAGGAUCCUGGCUCUUUGGAUGACUAUCGACCAAUCACUUUGGUCGAGAUCAUUAAUAAAGUGAUUUCUAAAGUAUUAAUUCUUGACGGGCCUCUUAUAUUAAAUGAGGCAGUUUCAAGGGCUCGGAAAGAAAAGAUAAAGAUGUUUAUAUUAAAGGUGGAUUUUAAUAAGGCUUAUGACAACGUAAAUUGGGAAUUUCUCAUUAAUACCAUGGAAAAAUUGGGCUUCCUGACUCGAUGGUGUAAUUGGGUACAUGGUAUACUCUCAUCAGCUAGAGCAUCGGUGUUGGUGAAUGGUGCUCCUACUUUCGAGUUUCAGUGUCAUAAAGGAAUGAGACAGGGAGACCCUUUGUCUCCAUUCCUUUUCUUGCUGGUGAUGGAAGUGCUCUCGGUAUUGAUGAAUAAAGCUUGUGAAGUUGGAGCAGUUCGUGGAUUACAACUCCCUAAUCAAGGUGGGUUGGGUUUAACCAAGUUAAAAGAUACAAACAUCGCCCUCCUUUCUAAGUGGAUGUGGCGAUAUAGGAAUGAACAGGGAGCUUUAUGGAAGAGGAUCAUUGACUCAAUCCAUGAUACUAAGAGGUGUUGGGAGCCUCUACCUAUAAAUAGUGGGGUGUCGGGGGUUUGGAAAACGAUAGUGGGAUGUAUUAAUAAAGUGAAGGUUGGAGAUAAGCUCUUCGGUGGGUGCUUCAAAGGUAUUUAUGGAGCGGAAGAUAAUAUUCGUUUCUGGUUGGACAUCUGGACGUGUGAUCAGCCUCUAAAGCUCGAGUUCCCUAGAUUAUUCAAACUCGAAAAGAAGAAAAAAUGUUAUGUGAAAGAUAGAUUUGGAGCCAGCACAAAAGUUUUCGGGUCUGAAUGCUUAUGGAAUCGGGCUCCAGUAACUGUGGAAGAGAUAGAGGAAUGGGAGACAUUAAAAAGACUACUUGAGGGCAUAAUCCUGAAACAACAAAAAAAUAGUUGGAAAUGGUUUGGAAGCAAAGAUGGGGAAUUUUCUGUCAAAGGAGUUAAAGAAUUCCUUAGAAGUGAGAUGGUGCAGAACCUAAAGUGUGACUUUAAAUGGUCUAAGUGGGUGAUGAAGAAGUGUAAUGUUCUUAUGUGGAGAAUAUCUAUGAAUCGGGUGCCAACUUUACUUGCAUUGAAAGAUAGAAACUGCCAUUUUGGAAGCUUUGCGUGUGGUUUGUGUCAAGAGGCUGAUGAAUCCAUUGAAGUUGUGUUCAUGCGCCAUGGCGAUGGAUACUUGGUAUCGGAUUAG